AUGGGUUUGCCUUGGUAUCGUGUUCAUACCGUCGUAUUGAAUGAUCCCGGUCGUUUGCUGUCUGUCCAUAUAAUGCAUACAGCUUUGGUUGCUGGUUGGGCCGGUUCGAUGGCUCUAUAUGAAUUAGCAGUUUUUGAUCCCUCUGACCCCGUUCUCGAUCCAAUGUGGAGACAAGGUAUGUUCGUUAUACCCUUUAUGACUCGUUUAGGAAUAACCAAUUCAUGGGGUGGUUGGAGUAUCACAGGAGGAACUAUAACGAAUCCGGGUAUUUGGAGUUAUGAAGGCGUGGCUGGGGCGCAUAUUGUGUUUUCUGGCUUGUGCUUCUUGGCAGCUAUUUGGCAUUGGGUGUAUUGGGAUCUCGAAAUAUUUUGCGAUGAACGUACAGGAAAACCUUCUUUGGAUUUGCCCAAGAUCUUUGGAAUUCAUUUAUUUCUCUCCGGGGUGGCUUGCUUUGGGUUUGGCGCUUUUCAUGUAACCGGAUUGUAUGGUCCUGGAAUAUGGGUGUCCGACCCUUAUGGACUAACUGGAAAGGUACAACCUGUAAGUCCAGCAUGGGGUGUGGAAGGUUUUGAUCCUUUUGUUCCGGGAGGAAUAGCCUCUCAUCAUAUUGCAGCGGGGACAUUGGGCAUAUUAGCGGGCCUAUUCCAUCUUAGUGUCCGUCCGCCCCAACGUUUAUACAAAGGAUUACGUAUGGGAAAUAUUGAAACUGUCCUUUCCAGUAGUAUCGCGGCUGUCUUUUUUGCAGCUUUUGUUGUUGCUGGAACUAUGUGGUAUGGUUCAGCAACUACCCCGAUUGAAUUAUUUGGUCCCACUCGUUAUCAAUGGGAUCAAGGAUACUUCCAGCAAGAAAUAUAUCGAAGAGUUAGUGCUGGGCUAGCCGAAAAUCAAAGUUUAUCCGAAGCUUGGUCUAAAAUUCCCGAAAAAUUAGCUUUUUAUGAUUACAUCGGCAAUAAUCCGGCAAAGGGUGGGUUGUUCAGAGCAGGCUCAAUGGACAACGGGGAUGGAAUAGCUGUUGGGUGGUUAGGACAUCCUAUCUUUAGAGAUAAAGAAGGGCGUGAACUUUUUGUACGUCGUAUGCCUACUUUUUUUGAAACAUUUCCGGUUGUUUUGGUAGACGGAGAUGGAAUUGUUAGAGCCGAUGUUCCUUUUCGAAGGGCAGAGUCGAAGUAUAGUGUCGAACAAGUAGGUGUAACUGUUGAGUUCUAUGGUGGCGAACUAAACGGAGUCAGUUAUAGUGAUCCUGCUACUGUGAAAAAAUAUGCUAGACGCGCUCAAUUGGGUGAAAUUUUUGAAUUAGAUCGUGCUACUUUGAAAUCCGAUGGUGUUUUUCGUAGCAGCCCAAGGGGUUGGUUUACUUUUGGACAUGCUUCGUUCGCUCUGCUCUUUUUCUUCGGACACAUUUGGCAUGGUGCUCGAACUUUGUUCAGAGAUGUUUUUGCUGGUAUUGAUCCAGAUUUAGAUGCUCAAGUGGAAUUUGGAGCAUUCCAAAAACUUGGAGAUCCAACUACAAGAAGACAAGUAGUCUGA